AUGUCAUUAAAUGGGCUUGAUGGAGCUGCGGUUGCCGGAGCGCACCAGGCUGCGCUGGCUGAAGCUGGAGGAUGGUUCCUCCUCAAGUACGUCACCCGCGACACAGUCGAAUUGUUGCAGAAGGGAACAGGAGGGGUGCAGGAAGUGAGAGGUGUGGUCGAAAAGUAUGAGGAAAAGUCACCGCUUUACGGCUUGGUGCAAUAUAGGCGCAAGAAGGUCAUUCUCAAAUAUGUGCCAGAGGGAACAUCGCGACUGUUACAAGUGCGGCUGACCGUCCAAUUUCAAUCCGUCCUGGAAACGUUCACACCGCAUGACAUCGUGUUCUCGUUUACAGUCGCGUCGGAACUAACUGAUUCGGCACUUGGCUUGAGCACAAUGCUCCUGCCAUCUGCAGCAUCCUUGACCUCUUCGAGCUCAUCCCUACGACGACGAAGACUGGAUGAAAUCACUGAAGAUGCUGAAGAAGGCACACCAGCGCCCGAAGAGAAUAUCAUACACCCAGCGCAAGUGGAAGAACCCCCGGCACCGAGCUAUGGAAGGCGCGAGUUGGAUGAGCUACCGGCAAGCGCGGUGCUGGCGAAAGCGCUUUUGGCAAAGAGAAAAGAAGAGGCUGCUGCAGGUCAGACCGCAGACUCCGCACAUUCCGAGACUCCUCUGCCUCAACCCAAAGCUUCCCUCUCCUAUAGAGCAACAGCCUCACCGGUACCUACGAUAGACAAGGCACUGCCUGAUACGCCUGAAUCGACACCACCCACCACGAGCGAAGGCGAGCCUGCCAGAGCACCUGACUUUGAAGCUGCGAGUAACAUACUGCUGGACGCGACGAACAGAGAUCCAACGGAGCCACCGACGCCACGGCCGCUCCAUUCUCGUCAUCUAUCAACUGCCGAGUCAGACAGCAUUAGUCAGUGGAGCAGCAACGUUGCCUCCUAUGCCACCGUCAAGGCCAAAAAGAAAAAGCUAGGACCUAGGCCCCAUGUCGAAACAACCCAUCGUCCGAAGACUUCAGGCACAACGGAUAGCAGCAUCAGUGUACGGCCAGUCGCAAACCUCCCCCACAGUAUCCGUGUGAGCGGUAGGCCCUUGCUUUCGCUGUCGGGUCGCCCAGGCUCUCAGCAAUCAACUCGCAGCGUCCCGGGCCGCUUCGCUAAUUCCACCCAUUCCUUCAAUGGACCGCCCCCGUUACCUUCUCUAUCUCACAUCCAAUCCCUAUACAAUCCGAUCGAGAGCCGACCCGCGAUAUCCAGAGCUGCCUCUGUCACAACGGAAGUAUCUACAGCCACUCCAGAGAAGCUGAGGAUGAUGAAAGCCCUGCAAUUACGCAAACGAAAUAUGCUGCUGGCGCAAAGAUCUACAUUGUCACCCACCACCUCGCACGCUCCUAAUGCUUCAGAGACUAGUCUCAGCACCGUCGCCUCUAGCAAUGACCUGUCUACCGUGCCAAGCCAAGAACAGCUGUCUAACAUUGAGGAGGAAUCGAAAAUGACACAGUCAUCCGCUACGACCUCUCCGACGUUCAUGACAAAUAUCUCGGGAGAGCGAUCGACAAAGGCAUCCUCAUUUACGGAGCAGGACGAUGUUUCGCGGAAGCGGCGGUCACUAUCCUCUGCUACAAGUUCGUCUAUCACUCCCAAAGCUCCCGUUCAGGACAGCCAAACACCGACGAAAGCUCUGGACUCUCCAAGACAUGGCAGAUCAUGGGACAGCAGAAAACUAGGCGUUCCGUUUUCUGAGAGUGAGGAGUCUGAUUUUGCCAAAGGAGAAUCUAUUCCGCACCAAGACCGACAGUUUCAGGCAUCUAAUGUGGUUAGGCCUUCGACAAUAGUUCCUUCUGCAAAGUCACCCACUAAAUCAAAGCGCCACGCACCACCUCAACCACUGCGACUAGCAGGUGGUGAUACCUCAGCAUCAGAUCUCUCGGAAGACGAGUCGCUCAUGGAUGAUAUCCACAAUGCCACAGUCCAUGAAGCGAAACCAAUAUCUGUUGCACGAUCCCCCGUCACUCCCAUCUUGUCUAAAGGAAGCUCCGACAAGCUGCGUGAACUUGUGAGCAAGUCGUCACAUUCCAAUCAUCCUUCUAGACCGAGUCGUGGAAGCACACCCGACACGAAACCUGGUAGUAGGUCCGGUAGCGUACGCAGUGUAUCAACUGCGCUACCUCAAUGGCCGCCUGUGCAAGCUGAAACAAUGCCCCUCCCACUUACGAAGAAGCCGACUCUAGGCACCGGCAUUUCGAAGCGUAUCAAGGCUUUGGAGGUGCUGACAGCAAAGGAUACGAACACACAACAGCCUGCUCCACCUGCCCGAGAGACGAGUGGUAGAAGGUCAGCAUUCUCAGCCUUUAUCAAACGCUCAUCACUUGUGGGAAAUCAGCCAAAACUAAAUGCUUCUACGGAUGUGUCACCACCGAAGAAACUCCCCGCUUUCAUUCCUCAAUUCGACCAUUCCAAGCAUGCCCAAGAUGCAAAUGAGCACAGACGACCUUCUGUCGACAGCUAUGCCCCUUUCCAUAAAGCAGAUACCAUAUCUGUCACUGCCAAAAUCGUCCGCGAUCCCAGCAGCAAGCACCCUCCUAUGUCACCAAGUUCCAGUUAUAAUACACCUCUCAACUUAUUCCGAAGUCCACUAAUCGUGGAGCAUGAGAAGCACGAAAAUAUUUCACGGGAAGAUUCGUUUGCGUCCAUGCAGUCUGGCACCAAAAGCCCUACCAAAUCAGAUAGAGGCAGAUUCUCUUUCUCUUCUCACCGUUCUUCUUCUCACCCCAACCUCCCACGUUCAGAAUCCGACCACAGCAAAAUUUCACAAAGCAGCACCCACAAGAAGCAUGGACCACGGUCUGCGAGUGAUGCCGCUUCUAUCUCCGAGGAGAAAUCGAAAACAUCCAGGACGAGCCGCUUGAUGAAGCGGGUCUCGAAUCUGACAUCGUCGCGCACUAAAGGUCAAUUGGGUUCGAAAGAGCAAUCACAUCCAAACACGAUUCAAGAACAAUCGGAGUCUUUGAGGGACAAUUCUGUUGGGGAGUCCCUGAUGCACGUUGUCGAUAUUGGGGACGUCAAUGUGCAGUUUCCCGAAUCACUAUUGUGGAAGCGGCGCUUCAUGAGGAUAGACGAUCAAGGAUAUCUCAUAUUCUCACCACCCAUGACGGACGCCAACAUGAAGAGCGUCAGUCGGAAGUACCAUUUAAGCGACUUCAAUCGACCGUCGUUACCCGACCUUGAAAGAGAAGAGAUAGCCUGGAGCAUUGUUCUUGAUCUGAAGGAUGGGAGAUGUGUGCAGUGUGCAUGCGAAAGCAAGAUUUCUCAGCAACAAGUGCUACAAAUGCUUGUCGAUGCACACAGCGCUUAUCAUCAGAAAGCAUGA